AUGUCGAUAUCGACUGUUCGACCGAAUGCACUUCCAUACAUCUCAGAACUUGAUCUACUUGUCUUUAAGAUAAACAGCUGCGGGUUACGACCCACACAGGGGAAAAAGUUGCGUUAUGUGACUGAUGCUUUGGAGCUGACGGAGGAUCUAAGUUCCAAGGGGACUAUUGUGCUCUCAGCUGUCCAGAAAAAUGCUGUACUUCAAUGUCUGGAUGACAUGGCUCAGAUGACUGGGAAAGACAAGACCUGGUGGAUUGCGAAGCUGGCACUGAAUUAG